ACGUCUUCUUCACUCGUUCUGAUUCCCGAAGACGGGAUCAGGGAAAGCCAUGAAAGAGGCUACGAAGAAGAAGAAGCCAGUAACAUCCAUUGGUGUAUGUAGCGAUGCUUCGAUAUCAGCCUCGGGGGCGUCUUUUGUUUAUUUGAUUACUGGAUUGUCUCUGGCCGUCGGAUUCUGGGUGGCCCGAAACAAAUUUUCCGUCGAUCUCGUCUCUAAUCCAUCUCUCACUCUUUGUCUCCUCUGGAGUAUCGAGUUUCCGAUUGUGAUAUUCGUCUACAGCUUUUUCCGGAGAUCACCAGAGAAAUUUUCGUAUUUUAGAGCUCUUGGGCGAAGCAUAAUAGGACUAUUUUCCGGGGCCUUUAUGAAUGCUUUGGGAGCAAUUGCUUUGGGUGCACCUAUUGGAACGCAAUAUCUACCAAAAACAAUUCACUGGUCCUUUCUAAUGUCUGUUUUCACGUUUGUACCCGCAACUGCAGUUUUUGGUGCAUCAUGGACAGAUUGGCAUCGAGUAUUCGCCUCGAUGAAACCAAGUGGAAAUAUAGAAUAUAUGAUCUUUAGUCCAGCAUAUGGAGCAAUUAUUGGUGGAUGGUUUGGAGCUUGGCCUAUGCCGCUCGACUGGGAAAGGCCAUGGCAGGAGUGGCCUAUAUGUGUGUGUUACGGAGCUAUAGGAGGCUACAUUGCUGGACAAAUUGUCUCCUUGAGUGUGAUGUUUUUUCUCAGGAAACACAACAAAAAUUUGAAGCUAGCCUAGAAUAGAUUGAUGGUGUCUGGAUCUGCAGAAUGAGUUUCAUUUUUGUUUUGGCUUGAUUGCUAGAUUGAGUGACAACAAACGAGGUUAAGUUUUUGUUAGCUUGAACAAUUUUGUUAUUUCCACAUAGAAUCAAGUGUUUCA